AUGGAUUCGGCUCUUGACCACUACAAUGCCAGCUGCGCAUGGUCUGAUGCCACCGCAACGAUGCAUUCACGCUCGCCCCACAAACAGCCACGCAUACGGAAGUCCCGCGGCCGCGGCCUGCGGACGAAGAGCGGAUGCAUAACAUGUCGGAAACGACACUUGAAGUGUGACGAGGUUAAGCCGAUAUGCGGCGCUUGUGCCAAAAAGGACAAUCCCUGCGAAUACGCCAGCUCGGGUCGUCGCAGCGUCAACGUUCCGGCCUCGGUCAGAGCCAUUACUGAGGCUGUCCCCGAGCUACCCACGCAGCACACAACGUCCCCGGGGGAGAAUAAUGAUCAUGCAUCAAGUGAUGCUUAUCCAAACCCUGCUCUCUAUGAGCCACAUGAAGCUACUGGAUCAGCUUGGACUAUUUCCCAAGCGGACGCUAACCCCCUUCCACCUGCCCAAUUUGAUCACCUGUCGGGGAAUCACCUAGCUUCAAGCCAGAGUCCGGUAGCGUUGCAGCAUAGCUCUCUGUCGCCCCCUAAUGCAUCCUUUGCGGCAGUGCAAUGGUUCGGGCUAUUAGCGAGUGAUGCUGCCAGGGACAGCUCACAACCGUCGACCAUCCCUAAUUCCUGGGCGAACCAAAGCCUCUCGCUUGACCACUCUGGUGCUGAUAGUCUGGCCCAACCCAGUUCGCUGCAAUGCGCGACCCAGGUUUUGGAUAGCCCUCCUGCUAGUGACGCGAGUCAUGCCCCGGCACAUAUCGGUACUUUAGGAGGCAGUACGCUAGGAGAGGAGCAGAUUUGGCAUUCACGGGAGCCAAUAGAGCUUCUGCCGACCGAGGCGACAGUGUUUGAACAUUUCAUACAUCAAGUGAGCCCUUGGAUCGAUCUUUUUGAUCACACAAGCCAAUUUUCUACGUUCGUUGCACACUUGGCUAUACACAAUGCUGGGCUGAUGAAUGCCAUACUGGCUCUUUCACUUCGACAUAUGGCCCUGAAUCCCCAUCUGGAUAAUCAAAACAUGCCCAAUAAGGAGGAAGGGGCUCUCCAAUAUUACUACCAAACUCUGCACUACGUGCAAAGAGCCAUGCAAUACUCUGGCUACAAGACAAGUCUGGAGCUGCUUGCAACUGCCCUGAUCAUUUCCGCCUACGAGAUGCUCGAUAAUUCUACUAAUGACUGGGAGAGGCACCUCGAAGGAGUCUUCUUAAUCCAAAGGUCUCAGACCAUCCAUGGAGAGUCUGGUGGACUGCAUUCGGCCGUGUGGUGGGCCUGGCUCUGCCAGGACAUCUGGGCGGCCUUUCGCGAGAAACGCAAGACUCUUACAUUCUGGGUUCCACAGAAGCCCCUUUCUACAUUAGUACCGCAUGAGCUCGCCACGCGCUCAAUAUACAUUACUGCGAAGGUGAUUAGCUACUGCGCUGAUACCGCAACCGAAGAAAACAUCCUGCGUCGGAUUGAUGGGGCAGUACGCCUUCGGAAGAUGCUGGAUGACUGGCAAAGACAUCUGACCAUUGAGUUCUCUCCGUUGCCGCUCGGCUCACGUGGACAUUCAUCGUGUUUUCGACCGAUCUGGAUCCGCCCACCUGCAUUCGCUGUGGCCGUCCAAUUUUUUAGUGUGUCACACAUUCUACUACUUGCUCAUGAGCCAAGCCUGGGUGGGUUGGAACAGUAUCUCGAACGACAGAACGUAAUAAAGCGCUGCGUGGAGGAGAUCUGUGGCAUCGCUAUGACGCUGAAAGAUAGUCCAUCUAGCUUGAUGUCGUCACAAGCUUUAUUUAUUGCGGGGAUAUUUACUCAAGAACACUAUGCCCGAGAGGCUAUAUUGGAGCUGCUGGAGUCCUGUCGUGGACGGACUGGCUGGCCAGUUAAACCUUUAGGUGAGGAGCUACAGCAGUUUUGGAAAAACCAAGAGCCCACAAAAACCGCAGCUGCAGCGCUAUGA